AUGUGCAAAGAUUCAGAGGUGCCGCUAUAUAGGGAAGAAACUGGCUGGCGGAAUGGUUUGGAGGAGCGGCUUUAUUUGGAGGAACUUAUGCAGCGGCAGCCUUGUGUUUUUGGUCGAGCUACUACCUGUUGGAGAGGCCACGUCAAUGAAGACACGCAACUAGUCAUCAAGGAUUCAUGGGAGUAUGAGGAGCGACCCGAAGAGGGUGUUUUGCUGAAAGAAGCUACAGAAGCUGGAGUACAGAACAUAUCUCGUUACUAUCAUCAUGAGACUGUGUGUGUUGGGGCCGCAAUCGACGGUGUUCGCAAUAAUGCUCGCAAAGGAUUACAGGACGCCAGCGGGAGAAAUCCAUUCCAACAGCGCCAAUCUGCAAUAUCUGAAUCUACUACAAGCUCAGUCACGUCUGGACAUGAGUCGCUAUUGAACGCCGGGAUCCUCCAUCGUGAUAUAUCUAUUGGAAAUGUUUUGCUGAAUGAGGCUGAGGACGACGCUUUUCUGAUCGAUCUCGAUCUUGCUAUUAAAAUUAACCGUGAAAAGGCUUCUGGAGCACCAAGCAAAACUGGCACCAAGGUAUUUAUGGCAAUCGGUGUACUUUAUGGCGAGCAUCAUAGUUUCAUGCAUGAUUUAGAGUCAUUCUUUUGGGUACUCUUCUUAGUUUGCGUACAUUGGAAUGGACCUGAGCGGCCAAGUGAGACUAAAGCGGAAUACGAAAAUUGGAAUUACAAGAAUACAGUUGAACUGGCAGAUAUAAAGGCAGGAAAGGUCAUUCACACAUACAGGUUUAACGAAGAGCUGGACUCGAAAGUUACAUCUUACUGCGAGGCGUUGAUUCCAUGCAUUCAACAGCUUCAUGAAGUGGUAUUUCCAGAUGGUAAACGAUGGCUAACUGAAGAUCGAAGAUUGUAUUCGCGAAUGAAGUCAGUACUGGAAAAUGCGAUAGAAGCCUUGGAAGUGUAG